AUGGCGAGCAAGCUCGAAGAGCAGGCCACCGGGAAGGGACAGUACUCGUACAGCAGCUGGGCGCAGGGCGUGAGCACGAGCGCCACCCCGCAGCCGGUGCGCCUGGACGCGACCGACGCCAACGCCACGCAGCCUCCCGCGGCGGGGUCGGCAUGGAACAGCGCCGGGACGUUCGAGCAGCGCGACCUCUCUGCGUGGGCCUACGAAGAGGUCCGUGCGCGGCUGCCCGGGCUUGAGUCAGGCACUGGAGGCUGGUCUCUGAAAGUGACCGCUGUCAAGUCCGUGGACGGGGACGCGUGCAUCAACUUCGUGCGCGGGCAGAAGCGGUGCGGGUUCGACCUGAACGUCGAGUGCGAGGUCGCGGCGGCGAAAGCCGGGCGGCCCGACCAGCGCGGGAAAGUGCAGGUUCAGGCUGACUCAGCGGAUUUGGAAGACAUAGAGGUCGCUGCGUCAGGGUGGGGGCCCGCGCAGGGCGCGGAGGGCGCGACGGACGCGGACCGGCGCGAAGCGAGCAAGGCCGCGCUCGCUCUGCGCGCCAAGUUCGCGGAGGCGUUCGAGGAACUACUUGCGGCGCUGAAGAGCAAGUGA